GGUUCGUCUUUUUUUUUGUGUUUUGUUAUUAUUUUUUAUCACUGUUUGUUUAAUCAGUCUUUAUCCUUCUGUUAAUGUCAUCUUCGUCCCCGGUGUCGUGCUAUGCAAAUGCUUGUGUAAAACGUGAUCGUUUGUUUCGUUAAUUCUUAUUCGAUUCAUUCGAUGGUAAUAAUAGAAAUAUUGAUAAAAAUAAUUAAAAGUAAUAAAUAAUAACAAUAAAAAAAGCAACAAUAAAAACAAUAGAAACAAUCGUCAUUAUUGUUGUCAGUUGCAUAGUUAAAACAUACAAAAUACACUGUAUUAUACAUCCAUAUUAACGUCAAUCUGCAACUGUUGUUAAAUAAACAUACAAAAAUCAUGACGAUGUUGCCGCUUAUUUGGUGAUGGCAGAACGAAGAGGAUGUCACGCCGCAAGCAGAGCAACCCAAAGCCAAUAAAGCGUAAGUCACUUCACCGUACUACAUGUUACGUGCCUAGUCGACACCCUUCACGUUCUAUCGAAUCUCCGAGAAGACACCGAGUAACAAGUAGCAGGACAGAUAUUCGGAACGCUCAAGGGGAAGAUGAAGAGUGGAGCGAUUCAGAGAAAACCCCUUCGGUAAGCAGUGGCAUCGACGGCGGUGGAUCGGGGGUGUCUAGUCCUGCGGCGCAUCCUGGGGAGGACGAGUCCAGUCUUCCACCACCUCCACGGUUGAAUUCAGCCGAAGAAAUUCGACCGAGGUUACAGACCGUACUACCCGAAGAUGUGCGCAAGCGGCUCGGCAACAGGGCUGAGGAAAUCGAGGCAUGUGCAAAAAAGUUGCAAGAGCGGGAGGCGGCACUACGAACGACCCGUGACCUGAGCCCAAAAAAUCAUCGAGGAAAGGCGGACGCAGACGAUGACGUGAUCGAGACGGUCAAGAGCUCGAACGAGACAAGGAGAUGCUCACCACCGUCGUCGUCGAGGAGAAAAGAGGCGCGCAGAGCCCUCGGCGACCUUCGACGACUCGAUGAAUCUCCGGUCCAAGCUAAGAAGAUGAAGCUCGACGAUGAAGCUACACCUAAAUUGAGACUGAAUGCUAGUCUGGCGACUGAUCCUGCCCUUCGACCCGCGACUGUCGCCGCUUUAACUAUCCAACCGGAUAACAAGUCGACCGCUAACCUUACUCCACCCCUUCCUGCUGCGCUUCAAAAAGCGAUAACGUCGGGGAGGUUAUUUAUUCUGCCAACGGACGGUAAGGAGGCAAUAACAGUAGAACCCUCGCGGCCAGCACCGCUGAUCUGUCCACCCUGCGGGAUUCGGUUCAGUUCUGCGAGCACGCUGGAGGCGCACCGGACGUUUUACUGCGCGCACCGGCCGCGCGCCGACGAAGAGAGCGCGAACGACGAGGACGACGAGAAAUCGGGGAAGUUCGAUAUACGAAAGGCAUACGCGUGCCCUCACUGCUCCUACAGCGCUGACAAGAAGGUCUCGCUCAACAGGCACAUGAGGAUGCACGCCGCUUCGCCGGUCCCACCGCCGAUGACAGGAACGGGCCCAACGACGCCAGGCAGCCCCUCUAACGGAUCGCUGUUGAACGAGGAGGCCGAACGGUACUGCAGGAACUGCGAUAUCAGGUUCAGCUCUCUGAAGACAUACCGGGCCCACAAAACUCACUACUGCAGCACGAGGCACGUGGUCAAAGACGCGCCGCCGCCCCCGUUGAAGGCGUCGCCCCCCGCCUCUUCGAGCCCUGGAGAUUCGCCACCCCCACAGCCGUGCCUCGCGUUACCGACGAACCCAAUCCUGAUCGUCCCUUACUCGCUCUUCCGGGGGGCGAGCGUCCUAACGGCGCCGGCGCUCCCGACCCCCGACACCGCGUGCUUCCUGCUACCGAACGGGGCCCUGCAACCGAUGACACGGGGCCUGACGGCGCCGCCGUCGACGACCGAAGCGCCGACGGUCCUCCGGGCGGCGAACAAGCCUUCGACACCGGCUUCCGCGAACUCUACGUCGAACCUCCCUUCCGCCGCCGCCGCCGCCACCGCCCCCCUGGAUCUCAGCGUCAGGCGGUUUCUUGUGCCCCAGGACGAAAAGGAGAACCGCGUUUCACCCGCACCUUCGCUACCCCCACCCCCCGGCAGCCCGAGGUCCAGGGGGUCCAGCAGUCCAAGGGCCAGAUCGCUGCCCGCUGGUCAAACCAGCCCGGCACCCGUUCCUUCGACUGAACUCGCCCUCAGGCUAGCAGAGCUUCCACCACCCCCGGUUCCCGGUGUACUCGUCAAACAGGGUGUUUCCAGAUGUAAGGAAUGCAACAUCGUGUUUUGCCGCCACGAGAACUUUGUGGCGCACAAAAAGCACUAUUGCCAGGCAAGAGAAAACCCAGUUAGCAGUCCACCGCCUUCGGGAACGCCGUCUCCGCCCUUGUACCAGCUGAUAUGCGCACCUUGCGGUAUAAGGUUCGCAUCAUUUGACAACCUGAAUGCCCAUCAAGCCUUCUAUUGCAACAAGAGGUCCGAGCCUCUGGAGCAUCAGGCUCGAUGUCCAAAGUGCAAGGCAUUAAUAGAGCCCGGUGCAAGCCACACUUGUACCGCUGGACCCACCGGAAGUUGGCCAUGUCCAGUUUGCGGAUUGGUCAGUCCGACCGCUGGCGCUGCUCAGAGGCACAUAGAUGCUCAUCAGGGGGUCAAAGCAUUCCGAUGUACGAUUUGUCGGUAUAAGGGAAAUACGCUUCGUGGUAUGAGAACGCACAUUAGGAUGCACUUCGAGAAGAGGGGGACCGACCUGCAGGAAGAAAAUUACAUAACCUGUGUCCUGGAGGACGAAACGACGGUUCAAACGACUCCAGAACCAGCGCCAGCGACGACGCCGGAAGAGAUUCCCGCGGCUGAAGCGGUCGUUCAGCAGCAGCAGUCGGUAAAUGGAACGGCCGAAGUAAGGAAAAGCAGCCCGCAACCGGCGGCGACGACAGCGCUGACACCGAGUAGCGGCGGGAAGGUGAAACAGGAACGCGAAGACACGCCGCCCCCCGAAGAGAGUCUUGACCCCGCUAAGGCUGGACCAAGGUAUUGUCACUCAUGUGACAUCAGCUUUAACUAUCUGAGUACCUUCAUAGCACACAAGAAAUUUUAUUGCUCAAGCCACGCGGGGGAAGCCAGCAACAACAAUAACAACUCGACGUCCACGCCACACGUUCAGGAAACCGCAACUACUCCUGCUAGCAGGACCGAAGCAUCCGUACUUUAGAAUUUAUAAUCAUUUAGAAAAGGCCGUGUGACACAUCGUUUUACGAAAUAUUCGUUAUAAUAUUGCUCGUCGUAAGAUCGUGUUGUUUUUCAGUUGAUCAAAAGACUAGAGCUUUUUUUUUAUGCACCCAAUUCGUUGUGGCGGUUCUCUCGUUGUAGGCUUCAUAAUGAAGGACGAAAGUUUCAUUCCGACUAUCCUGGUGAAGAUUUUUCUCUGUGAACUCGUGCAAUCAAAUAUUUAGGUCUAGUUUAAAAUUAUAAAAAUAAAAAAAAAUAAAUAAGAAUUAAGAAAAACUCGCUUCCAAAUUAUUUCGUAAAUAUUUGACAGAGAUAUAAAAUGACUUAAUGGAACACAGCGUUCGAAAUUACGCAUUUCACCAAAAAAAAAUUAUCUUUCUUUAUAAGGCUUAGAUUUUAUCAGGUUAUGGUUUUGUUACAACUUGUGUGUGAAGUUUCUAGGCAAAAUCUGACUUCUGUUGGAAGAUCUUUCUACUUAUUCUUCGAUAUCUCAAAUUGAAGACUUCCAAAAAUGUCAGUUUACUCUGAAUGAACUCUUCAAUCGCGUGCAGAAUAUUUAAUAGAAAAGUGUUUAUGUGAGAUAGUCUUGUUUUGCGCGGGUCUCCAAGGUCAAAUCGUCAAUUCGUCUAAUUUUACGGUUUCUUUUCAUCUCUUUUUUUUUUUUUUUGUACAUACAUACAUGACAUGUUUAGAGGUUGAUAUUACCUGAAUCAUAAACUUAACGUUGCCUAUAUGACAGUUCAAUAAAUAAAACUUAUAGUUCUUGUUUUAAAUUCUCAUUUGCACAACUUUACCGUGUGACAUCAUUUUUAUUUAUUUUACCAGGGUCCCAUCAUUUUAUAUCUAUUUCUUCGAUUUUCUCCUGCCACACAGCAUUGUUUCUGCACAAAGUUAGAAGCACAAAUUAAAAUUCAGUCAUUAAAACUUUUCUUACCAUGACGUUUCUUUUUUUUUUUUUUGACGAAAAAAGGACAACACACCUUUUAAUGCCCAGUCAGCGCUGCAUACCCUCUUUAAUUAUUGUCUCGAAUUGGGCUGGUUUUUUUAUUUAUUUAAUUUUGAUUAAUUAAUUAAUGUAUGGGGUAAGCUAUCGGACAUAAUUUUUAACUCCAAUAACAGUCGACGGGAGUAGCGUAGCUAAAUACCAAUACAGAAACUCGCGAGUUUGUGUUGGAAUUAGCUCCCCUACUUACCUGUAAUUAAGUAAUUAAAAUUACGUCCGCACAGAAACACACACAAACUUGAGCACUCCGCUUAAUCACCACAAGCAUAUGAAUUAUAAAUGAUAAUAGUUACUAUUAUUACAAUCAAAGUUAGUACAGCUGAAAAUGUAGAGGAGAGAGAUUGACAAAGUGUUCAGACAGAGUUGUAGGACUGUUAAUUAUUGUAUACAUACAUAUAAUUGUUGCCAGUUUAUACAUUAACAUAUUGUUAUAUUAUACAUGACGAUUAUCUUAUAUAUAAAGUAAAAUAUUGAGUAUGAAUAGGUACGAAUCCUUUUUCACUUGUCUUUUCUUCGUUACUCUCCUAGUUUAAAUGAGACCUCAAUGUGGUUUUUCGUCAAUUUCCAUCGUUUUCAAACAUUUUUUUUCCAACUUGAUAUGCUAAACAACAAUGCAUGUAUAAAUUAUACUCACACAUUACCGAAGAGAAGUGUGCUUGUUUAUGUUAUUACUUUUCAGAGAAUGCAGAAUAAAAUCAAAAAAUCGUAAUCUUUUAUAAAAAUAGUGCCAGCAUUUUCUCGUAUUACAGUUCAUGUACAAUGGCAUUAAUGGAUUAACAAUGAAUACUCCAAAAAUACUAAUUUUUGGUUCUCUUAAAUCUCGUGUUUAGAUUUGUUAUUUGACCAAACCGUUACAAUUAAAUUUUUUUGGAUGUCGAACAAUAAUAAUAAUGAUAUUACGGAAUAACCUCUUUCUGGAAUUAAAAAAUUCCGAAAUAUUUACGUGAAUGUAAAAUGGAUUCUAAAGCCAAUCCACUACUGGAGAAAAAGGAAAGCAACGUAUGAAACAAUAAUAUCUGUAACAAUUUAUGCAAUUUUUUUGACGAAGAAAAGAGAGGGAAAAAAUAUUGAAUUUAAAAAUGUACGUGAUUUUAAAACACUGUUAAAUAACAGAAGAAAAAAUCACAGUAAAACUCUCUGUGAUAAUGAUUUGCGAUUGGUAUAUUAUUGAGUUAUACUUAAUUCUUAAAAGGUCUCCAAUUCUGUGAAUGAGUUUACAGAGAAAAAAAGAAACGCAACAAAACACUAACUUUUUUUUAUUGCGAGCUUUCUGGUCCCCCUAAAAAAAUGCAAAACUGUUCUACUCAGAAUUGAACGAUAUAGGUAAUGUAGUUGAUUUGAGCACGUUUCGAUUACUGUGUUCAUGUUUUUUUUUUUCGGAAUUUAAAGAUUUUGACAAAUUUCCACAUUUUCCACAGUUUUGAUUUUAUAUUCAACAAGCUGCCCUAAAUAUUUAACAAACUAGAAAUGUGUUGCAAAGGAAACUUUGAUGUAUUACAGUUUCGUGAUUACAGAUAGAAAAAAAUAUGAUAUCCGUUGUAUGGCAUUAUACUUUUCAAUCGAUAGAAUUUUCUCAGUUUACGGAAUAUCAAUUCACGUUUCUUUGCGACCGGCAUCUUCCUCGUAUCGUACAUACGAUGUUAUCACGAAUCCCGUUGAAAUAAAAGAGUGUGCAAUCUCAUGACUCGAAAACAUAAUCUCGUAUACACUAUAUAGGUAUAUACUAUAGGCAUAUAUAUAAAUAUUAUAAAUAGUCUCGACGUAAUUAUAAGUUCAUGCUAUCAUAAAUACAUAUAAAUAUACAUGAAUUACAGCACAAAAGAGCAUUGAAGCUGAACUUAAAAUUUUUAAUUAAUUGUGUAAAAUGUUGUACAGUAGAGGAUUUAGGUGGUAAGUAUUACGGUAGUAAAAGUAAUAAUGAUAAUACUAAUAAAAAUACUGAUCAUGACGAUGAUAACAUUUAAUAUUAUAACCCUGAACGAUACCAAUCUCAGCUUAUGAAUCUGUUAUUAUAAUACAUAUAUAAUAUAAAUAUUAUACAUACACACACAAACAUUAUAUAAAUAUAUAGAAAGAUAAGGUUUACGUUGCAAUAUAUAACUUUAAUAUAUUACUAUAAAUAAGGAAACUAUAAAUAUAAUCCAAUGGUAAUAGUAAUAAUAACACAAGUAUGAUUGACAUUAAUCAUACUAACGUAAGCAGAAAAAACGCGCGCAAAUUCUGAGGGAAUUGUCCCAUCCUUGUGUAAAAUUUAAAUAUUGCUGUAAUAUGCAGAAUAUUGAAUUGAUACACCAUUUGGUAAGCUACAAUAAUUGCAACUAACAUUAAAUUUGAGAUAGUGAUCAAAUCACACAUCAGAAAAGGAAACAAAGGACAGUAAUGAUAGUGACAAUUAUUGAUUGAUAAACGGAAGAAUAGUAGCGGUAAAGAAACUGAUACGAUACUGAUCGUAUUUUGGAUGGUGGUUUCAUCCAUGAACUAU